AUGGGCGACGCCGGACCUCUGACGCCGGACCCGCUCCUCCCGGAACGUAGCGCCGGCCUCGACGGGCAGAUUGAAACAGAUGGAGCGUCUCCCCUGAGGGAGGUGAAGGUGCUUGUUACGGGGUUCGGUCCGUUUAAAUCUUUCCUCAUAAAUCCCUCCUGGUUGAUCGCCUCGGCGCUGCCCGAGGAGCUUUAUCCCUCUCCAUCGACCGACUCUCCGCAGAAAGCACCCGACUACAAAAUCACCUUGAUCGUCUACCCCUCGGCCAUCCGCGUCUCCUACUCCACCGUCUCCACCACCGUACCCACCCUCAUCUCGACCCACAAUCCCGAUUUCGUCCUGCACAUCGGCAUGGCGGGCGGGCGCGACUGCUACUCCCUCGAAACCCGCGGGCACAGGGACAACUACCGGAUAAAGGACGUGGACGACUGCGACGGCUUCACCUGGGGGGAGAAUCGGUGGAAAACGGAAGGGGUGCCCGAGGUGCUGUAUGUCGGAUGGGAUGAGGUCGACGUGCUUGCUCGUUGGGAGGAAGGUGUACAGACUGGACUGAGGGAGCGGGGGUUCUUGGGGAGAGGGAAGAUGGAGAGGGCGUUGACAGAACACGGAAAGAGAGACAGCGAGAUCGAUACACUGUCCACAAGAGCGGUACCCCUCAUGCCCAUCGGACGAGGGACCAUCCCCCUGAACCUGAUGUGGGGGACGAGCAAUGUGCCUAUAUCAUCGACCAAGGCGGACGAGAACAGAAGAAAAGCCGUGGUCAAGUUGUCCUGCGACGCCGGACGGUUUCUGUGCGAGUAUGCCCUGUUUGAGAGCUUGAGCCGCCGAUGGUUGGAGUCGCAGAGACGGACUGAUGGUGAUGACAACGGAGGAAACCAAAAAGCGGCACAACAGAAAGAAGUCGAGUCAUCGCUAUCGGGGUCACCCGAUCUGAACACCUCGGCCUCGUCCAAUUCUAGCGCCUCUCAGUCCCAGACAGACCACGCGCCAGACCGACUCGGCAAAGUGGCUUUCCUGCACGUGCCGGGCUGGACGGGCGUGGAAGACAUCAACCGCGGCGUCAUGGUUGCCGAAGAGGUGAUUCGCGCGCUGGUGGGAAGUUGGGAGGACGGUUACAGGAGGAAAGGGAUUGGCGCGAGGAUGGCAAUCCAGGCGUAUACCAAGCAGCAUUCGGAGGAAGCGGGCAGGGUGGCGUCACCGUGGAGGGGGUGA